CUGGUCACAUGGUCUUCCAAGAUGGCCGCGCCCUGGAGCACUUUGCUGUAGCUUCUGACAGAGUUGUGCAAGCCAGUUUAAAUGACAGUUGAGGAACUGCAGGUGGCAACGGUCAACUCCAGAAGGAGACAGAGGAGCGUCUGAGAAAGCCCGGCAUCUCCUCAUCCCUGCCGACAUGAGCAAGGACGAUUUAAUACUCCCGAAGGACUUUCCUCAGCUCCAGAACGACACGUUCCUGCGAGCGGCGCGAGGAGAAGAAACUGAACAUGUCCCCGUCUGGUGUAUGAGACAGGCUGGAAGAUAUCUACCAGAGUUUCGUGAGUCCAGAGCAGGGAGGGACUUCUUUGAGACAUGUCGGUCACCGGAGGCCUGCUGUGAACUCACUCUGCAGCCUCUAAGACGUUUCCCCUUUGAUGCUGCCAUCAUUUUCUCUGACAUCCUGGUUGUCCCACAGGCCAUGGGUAUGGAUGUCCAGAUGGUGGCAGGUAAAGGUCCUACAUUCCCGGAGCCCCUGAAGGAGCCAGAAGACCUGCAGAGACUGCGCGUCAAAGUGGACGUGGGCAAAGAGCUGGGCUACGUCUUCAAAGCCAUCACACUGACCAGACACAAGAUAGAGGGCAAAGUGCCGCUCAUAGGAUUCACUGGCGCUCCGUGGACGCUGAUGUCCUACAUGAUAGAAGGCGGAGGCUCCAACACCCACUCGAAGGCGAAGCGGUGGCUGUACCGACACCCUGACGCCAGCCACAUGCUGCUGAGGAUGCUGACAGACGUGAUAGUGGACUAUCUGCUGGGACAGGUGGCAGCUGGAGCUCAGGCUCUGCAGGUGUUUGAGUCGCACGCCGGCGUUCUGGGGCCCGUUGAGUUUAAAGAGUUCUCUCUGCCCUACCUCCGAGACAUCGCCCGUCGUGUCAAAGAUAAACUGAAGGAUGCGGGACAGGAUGUUCCCAUGAUCGCUUUUGCAAAGGAUGCUCACUACGCGUUAGAGGAUCUCUCUCAGUCUCAUUAUGAGGUAGUCGGGCUGGAUUGGACCAUUGACCCACGAUCAGCACGGGAGCGCACAGGAGGGAAGGUCAGCCUGCAGGGAAACAUGGACCCUUGUGCUCUCUACUCUCCGAAGGAGCGCAUUUCAGACAUCGUGAAGAAGAUGCUGGAGGGCUUUGGCACGAGGGGCUACAUUGCCAACCUGGGCCACGGCCUUUACCCCGACAUGGACCCGGAGAAUGUCGGCGCCUUCGUUGAAGCUGUGCACCAACACUCUAAGCAGAUGAUCAAACAAAUGUAAAGAUAGACGUGUCUGUGUGAGGGAGUGUGUUAGCCCAAAUGCCGAUGAUUGCGAUGGAAAAAAUGUACAAUAAUGCAAUAUUUUAUUAAAGACUAUGAAAAGUAGC